AUACAAGCUCGUUGCUACUCAACCUUUUUGUCAUAUCUUCAGCUUCAUAUCCGACAAUAUGAGAUCCCUCACAGAAGAAGAGACACGGACGCUCUUCACGAAGCUAGCUUCCUACACCGGCCGCAGUCUCAAUUCUCUUAUUACCCCCGCCGAAGAUGGAACUAUGAGUGUUUUCCGCCUGCAGGGAUCCCGAGUUUACUAUGUGAACAAGGAAAUUGCCAACCUGAGCGUUUCAUUCCCUCGCGAAGCGUUACUCUCAUGCGGCACUAUGAUAGGCAAAUAUACUAAGACGGGCAAGUUCCGCAUCAACCUGACAGCUCUGGAUCUCCUGGCGCAACACGCCCGGUACAAGGUCUGGAUCAAAGCCAAUGGAGUGAUGCCUCUGCUCUAUGGCGGUUCGGUUCUAAAAGCCCAUGUGGCUCGUUUCAGUGAAGAUGUCCCAGAAAAUGCCGGAGUUAUCAUCAUGGACUCCAACGAUGUCCCCCUGGGCUUCGGAGUUACAGCAAGGUCAUCCGCGCAGAUCGCAAAAUUGGACCCUACUAGUAUCGCGGUUCAUCGCCAGGCCGAUGCAGGAGAGUACCUUAGAGAGGAGGAUACUUUGUUCACAACCUAAGCAAAUUCGACACGACACCGAAUCUUACAUGUUUGCACCUCGCAAAAAGGCGUUUGGGAGUUUCACCUGAUCUAUUUGAUCUUACAAAAGUUGACUGUAC